UCACAAAUCUGUGGAACAUUUUGAACCGGAAAUGCAGGUGGCAUAUGAUACGGAUUUUGAACUGGUUAUAUCACUACCAAUUGACUCAAAUAUCCUAGAUAUUAAACAGGAGGAAGUCGGUGUAGCCUUGGAUGAUCAUCAAUGUACAAUUCCAGUACUUCGAAAGACUUCACUAAACCGUAUCACAGCUAGUUUGACCAUAGAAGAAUGCUAUCAGUUGGGCACAAAUUUACAUGUUAUAAAGAACAAAAUAGAACAGCUGGAAACUGAUGGACAACUUAAGGAAAUACUUAAAAUCUGGAGAUCGGCCCGACCAAAUGAAAAAUUAGUUCACAACCUAUCUGGAGCCUUAAAAGAAAUGGAUAAAGAGGAUAUGGCAAACAAUGUGGAGGAAGCAUUCGAAAACAAUAAAGAAUAUCCCGAUUAA